UCUCGUAUUAAGACUUAUGGCCCAAGGAAAAUCCAGAAGCAAAGAGGCUUAAAAAAAAAAAAAAAAAAGGUAAAUUCAUUUUUAUCAGCUGCUUCGAUCCCCAACCCUGCAAUAGCAAAGCAGAAGAGCUUAAGAAAAAGUUGGAAACUUCAAGCAGGAAUAGAGUAGAAAAUGGGGUUCAUAAAGGAGUUUGCUGAGAAUUUGAUACUGAGAUUGAUGGAGGACCCGAAGGAGAGGGAUAGAAAAUUUAGGGAACACGUGUAUGCGGUGAAGGAUAGAUGCAACAAGACCAAGGAGAUGUGGAGCUACCCUCUUCGUCCUUAUGGGUUUUGGACCUUUGAGCGCCACAACUCGCAGCUCCGUUGGGACGCUCAGAUUAGCCAGGUUCCUGGUAGGAGGGACCCCUAUGAUGAUCUCCUUCAGCAAACCACCUACUGAGAAACAUAAGAAAGCAUCUGCAAGAACGAGUUGGUGGUUUCUUAAGGAAGAUGUCAUGGGGAAAGUUGUGCUUAUUUUUUUUGAGAUUCAGUGUCAGCUGGUUUUUGUAUCUUUAAAGAUUAUUAUGUGUUUGAAUAAGCAUCCAUGUAAUUUUUGUUAAGAUGGAAGAUUAUUUUCUGGUUUUAUGUUCAUAAGUGAAUUAAUUUGCA